AUGGUCUCCAAUUCAUCCGACGACAGUUUUGAGCUGUCAACACAGUUGGAAAUCAUCACUCAUACCAAGGACGUCAACAGCACAAUCCAAGAGCUUAAGGGAAUUCAAAAUUCUCAUCAAUGGGAUCCAAACUUGCCUCAGGAAGAGAUCGAUGCUAUUAAUGAGGCUGCCAAUAUAGAUGAUCACGAGAAAGCUGUCGAAUUUGAGAGAUCCUUUGUCCAGGACUCGCAAUAUGAAUCUGUUCGCGCUGCCGUGCGCAAUACUGAUAAUGGAGAGAUUGCGAAUACCGUGCGUGCAUGGAUUUUGGGAAUGUUGUUUACAACCAUUGGAAGUGGACUUAACAUGUUCUUGAGCAUGAGGAGCCCUGCAAUCUCAUUCCCUGCCAUUGUUGUACAAUUGCUUGUAUAUCCAAUCGGCUGUCUAUGGGCCAGAGUGAUUCCUACCAGAAAAUUUAACACAUUUGGAGUCCAGUGGACUUUCAACCCGGGGCCCUUUACCAUCAAAGAACACACAGUUGUCACGCUUAUGGCAAACGUGUCAAUCGGCUAUGCAUACUGCACCGAUGCACUCUUGGCUCUGAAAGCACAAUCGCUAUACGACUUGGAUAUUGGCUGGGGGUUUGAGCUUCUAUUUGCAUUGAGCAGUCAAAUUAUCGGAAUAGCCCUCGCAGGAAUUUUCCGUCGUUUCCUUGUCUGGCCCGCUGCUAUGAUCUGGCCUACCCAAUUCGCCAACACGACUUUGUUCUAUGCACUGCAUGAUAAAAGUCCCUCAGAUGCCUCGCAGACCAAUGGCUGGACAAUCUCGCGGUACCGCUACUUCAUGUAUGUCAUGCUUGGAUCAUUUUGCUGGUAUUGGUUUCCUGGUGUCAUCUGGCAAGGGUUGUCGGUUUUUGCUUUUGUGACUUGGAUUAAGCCCAACAAUGUGGUGUUGAACCAAUUAUUUGGUGGAUUUACUGGACUUUCGCUCAUACCUUUGACAUUUGACUGGACCUACGUCUCCGCAUAUCUCCUCGAUCCCUUGCUAUCACCCGUGCAUGCGCUCUUGAACACAUUGAUCGGUCUGGUAGUGUUUGUCAUAAUUGCCACUAUCGGAAUCUCCUACACAGGAGCUUUCUAUUCUGAAUACCUUCCCAUCAACACUUCGACCACCUAUGACAAUACGCAACAACAAUACAAUGUCACGAAAAUCCUUGGCGAUAACUUCUCAUUUGACGAGAAAAAGUACAAGGAGUAUUCACCCAUGUUCCUGGCUCCAACCUUCAUAUUGAACUAUGGACUGUCUUUCGCUGCCUUGACGGCAGUCAUCGUUCACGUCAUUCUCUAUCACAGCAAAGAACUUUGGCACCGGGCGAAAGCCGCUCGGGAGCAAGAGCCAGAUGUGCAUCUGACGCUCAUGAAGAAAUAUCAAGAGGCUCCAGAGUGGUGGUAUGCUGCACUAUUUCUGGUGGCGGUUGCACUCGGCCUGGGAGGUGUACUUGGAUACGAUUCCCAGUUGCCCUGGUGGGCAUUUUUCGUAUCCCUGAUUGUUGCUGUCAUUUUCAUUGUUCCGACUUGCAUGAUCAUGGCUGUCACCAAUAUAUCACUCGCUCUCAACGUCCUGUCUCCAUUUUUGGCUGGUUUCAUGAUUCCCGGAAAGCCCAUCGGUGUCAUGGUAUUCAAAGUCUUCAGCACAAUCACUCUGGGACAAGCUCAGACCUACUGUCAAGAUCUGAAGCUGGCUCAUUACAUGAAAAUCCCACCCCGUGUCACUUUCAUGUGCCAAGUUAUCCCAACAAUGUGGGCUUGCAUUGUCCAGAUCGCCGUCAUGAACUGGACUCUGGGAAAUAUUGAAGGUGUUUGCUCCGAGACUCAAUCAGCAAACUUCACCUGUCCAAAUGGACGAACCUUCUUCUCGUCGAGCAUUGUUUGGGGAUUAAUCGGCCCACAACGCAUCUUUGGUGCUGAUGGAAUCUACACACCAAUUUUAUACUUCUGGUUGCUCGGAGCCCUACUCCCUGUAGCUUUCUACCUUCUGAUGCGAGCCUUCCCCCGGUCCAAAGCCAGAUUCCUCAACGCACCAGUGAUGUUGGGUGCCAUGGCCUGGCUUCCCCCAGCUACGCCAAUCAGCUUCUCGUCUUGGGUUAUUUUCGGCCUCAUAUUCAAUUACUGGAUUCGACGCAGAUGGGGCGGAUGGUGGCGCGAGUACAAUUUUAUUACCGCAGCGGGACUUGAUACUGGACUCAUCCUCUCGACUAUUGUCAUUUUCUUCGCUAUCACUCUCCCUGGUGUCGCAGUGCCCAAUUGGUGGGGAAAUACGGCUCCGUUUGAAACUAUGGACUCUUUGUAUACGGCAAUUCAAAAGACAGUUACUGGCGGAGAGACUUUUGGGCCAACUAAAUGGUAA